CGAGAGUUGGCGCUCACCCUAACUUUAAUAUUCGUGAAGGUUUUUGCCCGCCAAAUAAUGCGAGUUUCAAAAAACGUUUUGUUGUUUUUCGACUGUAUAACUUAAGAAACUUUUUGAUGUGGAGCAUAAAUUUGAUUUUCAAUAUUCUCUUGGUUACCAAAUUUAUCCGUAUUGGCAUCGCAGAUAAAAAUGACAAUCCACCUUACUUCGAGAAACCUUUUUACGAAGCGGAAGUCUACGAAAAUGAAGAUAUUCAACACACUUUGCUUACAGUUACCGCCAAAAAUCAUGACGAAUCUUCCUCUAUUCGGUAUAUAAUCACAGGUGGCAACAUAGACGGCGCAUUUGCUGUUAAUAAUAAAACCGGUGCCAUCUACGUAGCUAAAGCAUUGGAUUAUGAAACAAUUAAUAGGUAUGAACUGAAAGUAUCUGCAUCAAGCAAUACGAGAGAGAAUUCCACCACGGUGGUGAUCAACGUGAAAGAUGUGAACGACAAUCCACCUGUGUUCGAGAAGACAACCUACCGGACGCAAAUCACUGAAGAGGACGACCGGAAUUUGCCAAAACUUGUUCUAAAAGUAAACGCCACCGAUGCUGAUAAGGACAGACCUCAAAAUAUCGUCUACUUCUUGACUGGCCAGGGAGUGGAUUCUGAUAAUGCAGACAAUAGCAAAUUUAGAAUUAAUAGAACGACGGGUGAAAUAUUUGUGCUUAAGCCUUUAGAUCGAGAUCAGCCCAAUGGCAGACCGCAAUGGCGAUUCACAGUGUUUGCUCAGGACGAAGGAGGCGAAGGACUUGUGGGCUACGCAGAUGUCCAGGUUAAUCUCAAGGAUGUUAAUGAUAAUGCCCCAGUUUUUCACGAGGGAGUCUACUUUGGAAAUGUGACUGAGAAUGGUACUGUUCAAAUGACUGUCAUGAAUAUGACUGCGAUUGAUUAUGACGAUCCAUCGGAGGGUUCUAACGCGAAAAUAAUUUAUUCGAUCGAAAAGAACGUCAUAGAAGAAGAAACAGGCUUACCAAUUUUCGAAAUAGAUCCGGAAACGGGAAUAAUAAAAACUGCAGUGUGUUGUUUGGAUCGCGAACGUACUCCCGAUUACUCCAUUCAAGUUGUUGCCAUGGACGGUGGCGGCUUAAAAGGAACAGGAACGGCCAGUAUACGACUGAAAGAUAUAAACGAUAUGCCGCCCGCCUUUACGAAAGACGAAUGGUUCACUGAAGUAGAUGAAACGAAUGGCACUAGUUUACUACAAACGCCUAUUUUGACCGUAACUGUACAUGACGAGGACGAGACUAAUAACUUCAAAUAUAAGGUAGUAGAAAACAGUGGAUAUGGAGCCGACAAGUUUGUCAUGAUAAGAAACAGCGACAGCACCGGUUCUCUGGUGAUAACCGAGCCUCUGGAUUUCGAAGAUCCUCACCAAAGCCACGGUUUUCGUUUUCGCAUCCAAGUCAACGACAAGGGCGACGAUAACAACAACGAUUUGGACCAUGUGGCUUAUUCAUGGGUGGUAGUAAAGCUUCGGGAUAUCAAUGAUAAUGUGCCCAAAUUUAGACAAUCCAGCAUUGAAGUUAGCGUGCCAGAGGACAUGCAAGUGGGUAAAAGUUUGGCAAGCUUUUUAGCUACGGAUCCUGAUCGAGCUGGUAAAAGCAAGGUUUCAUACACAAUUGAUAGAAAUUUCGAUAGAAUGCGGCAAUUUUCGAUUAACGAAGAAGGAAUAGUCAGCAUCCAAAGAAAACUGGAUCGGGAACUCAGGCCUAAGCACCAAACUAGAAUAUUAGCUAUCGAUGAUGGUGUUCCUCCGAAAACUGCCACCGCUACGUUAAUAGUCACAGUCAAAGAUAUUAAUGAUAAUGCUCCUAGAUUUCUCAAAGAUUACAGACCUGUUAUAACUGAGAAUGAAGGCCCUGGAAAGGUGGCUGAAAUAUUUGCAAUAGACGACGACGACAGGUCCCUAGGUAACGGGCCACCAUAUCAGUUUAAAUUAGACCCCAGGGCUAAUGAUUCAAUACAUUCCAGCUUUAGAGUAACUCAGAUUGCGAAUGGAAAUGGUAUGGCCGUAGUGACAUCCUUGCGUCCAUUCGACAGAGAACAGCAAAAAGAGUUUCAUAUUCCAAUCAUUAUUAAGGAUAAUGGUAUUCCAAGUAUGGCUGGGACUAGUACACUGACCGUGGUGGUGGGCGACAUUAAUGACAAUAAAAUGCAACCAGGAUCAAAAAAUAUAUUGAUUUACAAUAUUCUGGGUCAAGCGCCCGAAACAAAUAUUGGUCGAGUGUACGUUCACGAUUUGGAUGAUUGGGAUUUACCCGAUAAGACAUUCUAUUGGGAGCAUAUUAAUUCGGAACAUUCGAAAUUUCGGCUUGACGAAGAUACGGGAAUGAUAUCUGUGCGACAAGGGACCAGAGCCGGGAUUUAUCAUUUAAGAUUUAAGGUCUAUGAUAGAAAGUAUUUGCAAACUGUUUCCGCUACUGUAACUGUAAGAAUAAAAGAGAUAGCUCAGGAGGCUAUCAUCAACUCAGCCUCACUUAGAAUAGCUGGAAUCACCGAUGAAGAAUUUAUAAAAAUAUGGGAGUAUAAAUUACAGAAUAUUGCACAGUCGAAAGCUGACCAAUUAGCUAGAAAAAUUGCAGAGUUGCUAAAUAUAAAUCAGGAAAAUGUUGACAUCUUCAGUGUUCAACUUCGAAGCAGGUAUCCACCUGUAAUAGAUGUCAGAUUAUCGACUCACGAAAACUUGCAUUAUCAUAAACCUGUGAGACUGAAUGGAGUGAUUUUGAUGAAUCGGAAGGAAAUCGAAGAGGCGAUUGGGAUAAACAUUACCAUGGUCGGUAUUGAUGAAUGUUUAUACGAAAACCAGGUGUGCGAAGGAUCAUGUACAAACACGUUGAAUAUAAAUUCCUCGCCAUAUAUGAUAAACGCCAAUAAAACUGCUUUGGUAAGCGUAAACGUGGAUGUAAUUGCAGAAUGUACUUGUAGGGCGAGAAAUUUUUCUAAAGAUGAGGAUUGUGAAAAUACACCUUGCUUCAACGGGGGAACUUGUCUAGAAGACAAAAACUCUGUGAAAUGUUUCUGUCGUGAUGGAUAUACCGGACCUCGAUGUCAACUAACCACAAGAAGUUUCGAUGGCAAAGGAUGGGCUUGGUACCCGGCACUAGACAUGUGCGAAAAAAGCCAUCUACAUUUCGAAUUUGUGACUAGAAAAAAAGAUGGACUACUCAUCUAUAACGGACCAAUAGUCCCUCCUAAAAAGGACGAAGUCCUGGUUUCCGAUUACAUUGCAGUCGAAUUAAAACUCGGAUACCCGAGGUUGCUGAUAGAUUUCGGAUCAGGAACUUUGGAAUUGAUAGUGAAAACGAAGAAGACGCUAGACGAUGGAGAAUGGCAUCGGUUAGAUUUGUUUUGGGAUAUGGAAAAUGUGAGAAUGGUUGUGGAUUUUUGCAAAUCGGCUGAUGUAGUGGAGUCUGAAGAUAGUGCUUCUCCGGAAUUCAACAAAACUAGCUGUAUGGCACAAGGAACGAUGCCACCAUUUAACGAGUACCUUAAUUUAAAUACGCCUCUGCAAGUGGGAGGUUUAUUUAUCGAGCAAUUUAAUUCCGGCGAUUAUCAUUGGCAAUUUAUGCCUGUUGGUAAUAAUUUCCAAGGAUGCAUAAGAAAUUUAUUCCAUAAUUCCAAGCUGUACGACCUUGCUGACCUAGUUUUUCCGGAAUUAUCCAAACAUAGUAGCGAGGGUUGUCCGCAGACUGAUGAAGUGUGUCAUAAAUUUGAGAAAACUGAAAGAUGUUGGGAACACGGAAGUUGCGUUAGUAGUAUGAAUGAAGCUAAAUGCCAAUGUACUCCAGGUUGGACUGGUUUGUCUUGUUCUCUACCUACAAUACCAACAACCUUUCUACCACAAUCGUAUGUCAAAUACGCUCUUAGUUUUGAACCAGACCGUUUUACCACAGAAAUUCAGCUCCGUUUUAGAACUCGCGAAUCUAAUGGUGAAUUAUUCCGCAUUUCUGAUCAGCACAGUCGCGAAUACGCGAUUUUGGAAAUUACAAUGACGCGAUUGUGUUUUCGAUACAAUUUAAACUCGGUUAGGACAGAAGAGAAAAAUAUCUGCUUGAGUGUUGUAUCGGCAAACGACGGACAAUGGCACGUUGCCAAAGUUUCGCGAUAUGGAAGUGCUGCUAUACUAGAGAUGAAUGGUGGUGAAGGAAGGAGGUAUAAUGAAACCGCUUUCGAAUUUAGUGGACAUCAGUGGUUGAUGGUUGAUAAACAGGAAGGUGUAUAUGCUGGUGGAAAGGCGGAGUUUACUGGAGUACGAACUUUUGAAGUAUAUGCCGACUUUCAUAAAGGUUGUUUAGAUGACAUUCGCCUUGAAGGUAAACAGUUACCACUACCUCCAAACAUGAACGGUACCCAAUGGGGCCAAGCAACCAUGGCGAGGAACCUGAACCGAGGCUGCGCUUCAAACAAACCUUGCUCAAACAUCGUUUGUCCCGAACCUUUCGAAUGUGUAGACUUGUGGAACGAUUUUUUGUGCACUUGUAGCGAAGGUCGCAUCAUAUCAGCAGAUUCCAAGGACUGCAUUGAUAAAAACGAGUGUGCUGACUUGCCUUGUCUCAAUGGUGGCACUUGCUUCAAUCUGGAACCUGCUCAACGAUACCGAUGUAGUUGUCCUUAUGGAUUCUUAGGCGAAAAUUGCGAGCUAGUACAGAAAGAGCAAACGUUGAAAUUGUCUUUAGGUGCCUUAGCAGUUAUCUUAGUUUGCCUACUACUUUUGUUGGUUUUGGUUUUGGUUUUCGUGAUAUGCAAUCGACAGAGAAAAGCCCACAAGAAAUACCCAGGACCAAACGACGACGUCAGAGAGAACAUUAUAAAUUACGAUGACGAAGGAGGUGGUGAAGAUGACAUGACCGCCUUUGAUAUUGCUCCUCUACAGAUUCCUAUAAAUACUGAAAUAGAAUCAAACGACUCAGCGCCUACUGAAUAUCUCGAACGAGAGGACUGCGUAGGUACUUUCAUUAACCAAUACACAAAGCACGAUUUGAACGUACCGCCUUUUGAUGAUCUGAGGAAUUAUGCAUUCGAAGGGUGUGGAAGCACUUCCGGAUCACUCAGCUCGUUAGCUUCCGGUACCGACGAUGAACAACAAGACUAUGAUUACCUGGAUGCGUGGGGUCCUCGUUUCACUAAACUAGCCAGCAUGUACGCUGUUCCAGUUCAUAAUAACAAACUCAUAGAAUAAUGAACAUGUUUCUUAAACUUUUUAUAAUGUACUUACUUGAGUACCUAUAUCUUUUUCCAUUGUAUGUAAAAUUUAUCAUGUAAUAUAAAAUUAUGUUGUCUGUAAAUUAAUAUUAUUGUUAGGCUAACUGCUAACUGAUUUGCAACCAGUAGUGGAUUCUUGUAAUAUUUUGUAGAAUCUGUAUCAAAAAUGUCAUAAAAUUAGAUGACUGAUAUUGAAUGCUUCGCCAUCUGUGAGCCAGCAGCGACAGUGUCUCAUCAAUUUUUCCGAAUUGAACUCGAGGAAUCAAUGUACAAAGUUUUACUGAUUGAAUUGGCCAACAUUGAAAUUUGUUCUGUAGGUACUGCUUAAAGUAGAGAAGAAGUUUUGUAUAGAAAAUGAAAGAUGUCGACCAAAAUAAGAGUGUGA